AUGGAGCGGUUUAACAUGCAGAUCUUCCUCGAGUUGAAGUCGUGCUGCGACAAUUUGAUAAAAAAUCCGACUAAGGAUCACGCGUACCGAGUUGCGGAGGUGGUCGGAAACAUCCCCGAUCAAACCAUGCAAGAUCUGUCCCAGUACUGUUUACUUCCCAUCAUCACCAGCCUACAAAGCGACUCGAGCACGAACGUGAAAGAGGAACUGAUAAGGACUGUGAGAGUUAUAAUACGAAAGAUUAGAAUUACAAAAUUGAAACUCUUCUUCGACAUCUAUGGAUCUCUGUUGAUCCAGAUUUUUGACAAGAAUCAGCCAAAUCAAGUGAUCUUGUUUCACGAGGAGCUUAAGGAGGCAGUAGCAUUAUGUAUUAAAGAUCUUAUCCACCAAUGCGUUACCGACGUGAUAGAAUCACUUUAUACCAAGGAAAAUGUACUGAAACUCGGUCAAGGAAUAUUUUUAUGUCUAACAAUCGCAAGAACUGAAAAGUCAUAUUCUGUGAGAUUAGCUGGGAUAGAAGCAGUAAUGGCUUUGUGCCAUAUCGAUGAUGACCUAGACAAAUCCGACAUUAUUAUGCAAGAUCAAGUAGCAGACACCAUCAUGGCAUUUUUUCCUGGUAUUGUCAGUGGGCUACAGGAAAUAGCAAUGGGAGGUGAAGUUCAGAAUCAUAAAAUUACAACGAUAGCAAUUCGAGCAUGGGGUAGAAUCAUAUCUCUUGUAGUCGGUGAUAAAGCUGAAGAAGACACUGAAGAAGACAUGUUAUCUAUAGAAGCACUUAUGAAAAAAGGUUGCAGUAUAUCCACCGACGCACCACAUAGUGCUAAACAUAACGGAAAGUGCGACAUAGAACAUAAUUUAAAAGGAGCUACAAGAAAUGAAGUAUGGUUUGAAGCCGUAGCAGUUAAGCUUGGCGCUUGUAUACAACUGUUAGACCAAAUUAGGAGCCAUUCGCACUACAAAGUUAAGAGAGAACUAGUUGAAAGUAUCGGCCUUAUACUUAAAAAUUGUCGCAGGAAUAUGAAACCAAAUAAUAUGACAUUAAUAGAUUAUUUGAUUUCCCUUUCUGAAGACGAAUCCGCAGAAGUUAGUGAAAAAGCGCACAACAUAUUGCACACAAUAAGUGAAAAUUACAUGCAAAAUCAUGAUAUGAAAUCACUGGUUGAUUCAUUGGAAGACAAGUUUUACAGCUUACUUACGAGACUGCCCACAAUUAUUAGACGAUCAGAUGAUAACGAACAAUUGGCUUACUUGAAUCAAUUCGCUGGCUAUUUAAGAUUAUUUGGAAAGCAAAAACUGCCUCAUAUUAUGAGGUCUCAAGCUCAUAUGCAAAGAUUGCUUUUAGCUCUUGUCUACAUCAUGGUCAUAGAUUGCAACGAUGUGUCUAUUCUACAGACAGCAAAUGUGAAAGAUUUAGAUGAUCCUGCAUAUUUUUACGGAUCACAUUCAUGGAGACAGUUUAAGUUUAUUAAGAAUAACUCGUGUAAAGAGAAACUUGUUACAAUAUGCAGGCUGCUCGGAGAAUUUGGGGAUAUUAGGAUAUUAAUUGACACUAUUCUCGAGCUUAUGAUGGAUGCACCACAACACAGGAAGGAACUGAGUUUGCUGCUUAAUUGGGUCUUAGUUUCUGUCAAAGAUUCGUCUUCUUCAUAUUUAUAUAAGGAAAUCGUAGACUUUUACACAACACAAGAAGUAUGGUACUUGCCUACAGAAGUAACUGAUGGCACUCCUUUGGUACAGGCACAGAGCAAUAUAGUGCAAUGUUGUCUUUUGACAGAAGGAUUAGGCCUUGUAGCACAAAAUUUACAACGCGACUAUGACAGAUAUCUUCUCAAAACCUUGUAUUUAAUUAUUGAAAGAGCAGGCAGUGGAAACGGUUUAAUCAGCUAUAUUGGAGUGCGUACUCUCGAAAAUGUCGCGGAAGCGCAACAACAUAGGACAAUUGGUGAUUUACUACGUGCUAACGUAGAUUACUUUUCUUAUCACAUUAUAAUGAAAUUACGCCAAAUAGAUCGGAAUCCUGGCGUACUCGACGUUAUUAAAGUUGUUAUGAAAUAUAGCAGAUUAGAUUUUUUGCCGCACUUGAAAGGAAUUGUAGAGGACGUAUUCAGACAACUAAGUAUUCCUCAUCAUCAAAAAGAUACUUAUUCGUUCCUGAAGAUAUUCUACACGUUUAUCAUAUGCAUAAAAACGUUAAUAAACUGGGACGAUACCAAAGUAACGAAAGUGGAAGAUGCGCGAGCUACAAAUAAUCCUUCGGAGACGAUUAUUCUUUCUUUGUUAGAGUACUAUAAUGCAAAGAAGAUUGAUGAAAAAAUUGAGGAUGACAUUGAAGAGACAGAAUCAGACACAAAUGUGCCGGAUACUGAGUUAUUGGAAGAAACAAAUGAGGAUUACUCAAAUCCCAGUGCAGAAGACAAAGAAGACAAGUUGCCAACUCAUAUAAGGAUAAUCAUAGACGUUAUGAAACGUUGUAUACACUUUCUACCUUCGAAGGAUGUACAAAAAUCGCUGAUGGCAAUGCAAACGCUUCAAGAGGGUUUACCGAUACUAAUCGAAUGGGAGAAUGAACUACUGCCUCUUGUGCAUCAGUUGUGGCAUCCGCUGACCGACAGAUUUAACGAUGAAAAUGUUCUUGUAAUUAACCAUGCGUGGCAACUCUUGCACGUACUCGCCAACGUGUCGAAUGACUUUAUCAGAAGCAGAACUCUACGAGAAGUAUUGCCAUCUGUAUUUAAGUUCCUGACUGAGUCUUCUAAAGAAAGUAUCAAUAAGAGCUCGGUAAACAUUUACAAAUUUACACAAACUUAUAAAUCUCAAUACGAGUUGUUAUCUACGUUGGGAAUAAUCGCGCGACUCUUGAAGCUGUGCGAGCACGAGUUAUGGCAAAUAUUAAGUAACACACAAUCGUACCUUAGUGCACGUCAACAUACCGCAUUACAGGCGUGCUGUGUGAAAUUGUACAAAGAUAUUGCUGAUUAUAAUGGGGAUAUUGCAUGGGUGAAGUGUCUCAGUAUCUGGAAUUCAAAAGUUGCACGGAUAGUACCUGAUGCAACAUUUGAUAUGAAAAAUUUGCUGAUUCCAGAUGUUGCUCCGUCAAAUGAAUAUUAUAGAAAUGUAAAUGAAAUCAUUGUAUAUAUCCAACAGAAUGCCCAUUAUUGAAUAAACAUAUUUAAAACAUAUAUAAAAUAAUUAAAAAAUUGUAAUUAAACCCUUAAAAAAAAUGUGAUAAGUAAUAAAUACUAAGCCAAAGCUUUUCAAACAAAAUGUGCCAUUCAGUAACAAAGCGCCUUUAUGCUGAAGUAGUAUAAAAUAUUAAUCACAUAGAAAGUAAAUAGAUUGUUAGAUUUAUUACAAUUUAUAGAAUCCAUGUGAACUACACUAGGUAGAGAA